AGUAAGAAGAGGAGACCGUAGUGACUAGUGGCCAGUGGGUCAGUUACACGUUGUGUACGGGCAAUUCCAUGUUCCCACAUGGAUUAUUGCGAUUGGUUUUGGAGCAAACUCAACAAACUCUGUUUCUCUUCUUCCUUUCUUCUUCUUCUUCCACAUCAAACAACAUGGACUAAAAAGCAACUCUCUUUUGGUUUCCAUCAAUCACUUAUCAACCAAACUCCCCUCAUUUCCUCCCUUUCCCCACUGAUUUUGAGCAAAAAGUUGAAGACUUUUCAAUGAGUUUGAAGGAAGGCGGUGAUGGGUUCGUGAGAGCAGAUCAGAUUGAUCUGAAGAGCUUGGAUGAGCAGCUCGAGAAACAUCUCAACAGGGUUUGGACAAGUGACGGCACCAAGCUUAAGAAAGAUGUUGCUGAUGGCGAUGGUGGCGGUGAUCAUGUUGCUGUUGAUGAUGGAAAGCUCAGGCUUGCUCGGAGCAACUCCGACAAGCCUGCAACUUUGGCCAAGAGGGAGAGACUGGAGUGGGAGAUUGACCCGUCCAAGCUCAUCAUCAAAUCUGUCAUUGCUCGCGGUACCUUUGGCACUGUUCACCGUGGCAUCUAUGUCGAUCUGGAUGUUGCUGUGAAGCUGCUUGACUGGGGUGAGGAGGGCCACAGGACGGAAGCUGAGAUUACCGCACUAAGGGCAGCCUUUUCACAAGAAGUUGCUGUUUGGCAUAAACUUGAGCAUCCCAAUGUUACCAAGUUUAUAGGGGCAACAAUGGGCUCAUCAGGGCUACAGAUACAAACCGAGAAUGGCCAAAUCGGCUUGCCAAACAGCGUGUGUUGCGUUGUUGUGGAAUAUCUUCCUGGCGGUGCUCUGAAAUCUUAUCUUAUAAAGAACAGGAGAAGGAAGUUAGCUUUCAAAGUGGUUGUUCAACUUGCUCUUGAUCUUGCAAGAGGGUUGUGUUACCUUCAUUCACAGAAGAUUGUUCACAGAGAUGUAAAGACGGAGAACAUGUUAUUAGACAAGACAUGUACGGUGAAAAUUGCUGAUUUUGGAGUUGCUCGCGUGGAAGCUUCAAAUCCUAAUGACAUGACUGGAGAGACUGGAACCCUUGGCUACAUGGCUCCAGAGGUUCUCAAUGGCAACCCAUAUAACAGGAAAUGUGAUGUGUACAGCUUCGGGAUAUGUUUGUGGGAGAUUUAUUGUUGUGACAUGCCAUAUCCUGACCUUAGUUUCGCUGAAGUGACCUCGGCUGUGGUUCGUCAGAAUUUGAGACCGGAUAUACCAAGAUGUUGUCCCAGCUCUCUUGCAAACGUGAUGAAACGAUGUUGGGACGCAAACCCCGACAAGCGACCUGAAAUGGAUGAGGUAGUCUCAAUGUUGGAGGGAAUAGACACAUCCAAAGGUGGAGGUAUGAUUCCUAUUGAUCAACAGCAGAGCUGCCUUUGCUUCCGGAUGUAUCGAGGGCCUUAAAAGAACAACUCUUAAAUGCAUAUAGGAAAAAAAAAAAGACUGCAAGACUGUUGUUUAAAAGGUUAAACAAGUCUAGUUUGUAUUAUAACGAAAACAAAACAGACAAUCCAAGCCAAGCCAAGAGGAAAAAGUGGGCUUAGAAGCUAUGCCCUAUUCCACUUUGUUGAACGAUUGUAAAGCUGUUUCCUUUGCUAUUUUCUCUUUUAAUUUUUUGGAGGUUCCAUCUCAGUAUGUGUAAUUUUUAUAUUUGCCAGUCUGGGUGUGAAUUGGCCCCUCCUCCCUGUCUGUAAGAACACUCUUUAUACACUAGACUUAAUAAUUAAGCAUUAUUAAAGUUGAUCUACAUUAGAAUU